GCAAUUAUGUUGUCAGACUCGUCUCUCCAACACUGCCCUCAUUCUAUUGCACCGUUUGGUGGGUUGUGAGUUUACUUAGAUUGCUUGAAUGUUGCAUUCUCAGGAGCCGUCUGCUCAUUACCCAGUCCUCUAUUCUUCCAAGGUAUCCAUAGCACACACACCCGUGUCAGCUUCCCUUGGUUGCUGUUGCCUAGGGAUGAUCAGGAACAACAAGACAUUGGAGAAUGUGUGGCUGUACUAUAAGCACCAAGGAUCAAAAGUCCCGCUCCGGAGGGGAAGCCCAUCCUUCGGCAUCCCCUACAGCAGCCUCCCUGCCUCCAACAAUGCUGAAAAGCAUUCCUAUAUCCAAACAACUGUCUUCUUUGAAAGCUCUGGUGAAAGCCUCAGACCUGGAGAAAGCCUUUGCUACUGCAGCUCUGAUUUAUAAUAACUCUUCUGACCCAGAUGGUAAACUCAGUAAAUCUGUUGCCAAAAACUUACUGAAGACCCAGUUUAUGAAUUUCAUCCAGGGACAAGAAAACAAACCCAAGUACAAAGAGAUCCUUUCUGAGCUUGAGGAGCAAACAGAGAAUAAACUGGGUUUUGAAGAUUUCAUGAUCUUACUCUUAAGUGUUACUCUGAUGUCAGAUCUGCUCCAAGAAAUCUGGAUGUCAAAAAUCACCAAGUGAAAUGGCAUGACAGAAUGACUAGAAGACACCCAGGCAGUAGAAGUGGUGAUUCUAGGUGCUACCAUCUUGUUUUUGAUCAAUUGCAAAUUUGACAAAACUGUCAGGUCUGUUGUCAAAAACAAAAACAAAAGUAAACUUUGUUAUGGAGCUGAUGCUGUUACAUGUCAGAUCCCUCUCAUAUCCACAGUGUUACUUCUUUCUCUUUUCAAGGAAGUCUGAAGGUAACUUCUAGCACCUCUAACUCUAAAUUCUCUUCCUCUGUCUCUCUGUCUCUCUUUGUCU